AUGCUUCCAUCAUCAUCUACAAGCUCUCAUUUAAGUGAUUGCACCAACAACAACCAUUCACCAACCGGUGAACUCCCACCAACUCAACAGGAUGAGAGCGCCUUAGUAUCAAAGAACUCAUCAUCGCGAGUUUAUCAAAUGAAUGAUUUGCUAAACAACAAGGAGUAUAUUGGCUCCAAAUCAAUCAAUGUUGAUUAUAACGGAGUUACUUAUUGUUUGGAUGCUGAGUUUACUAUGCAGUCAUUUCAUCACAUAAUGGCAUUAUUAAAUCAUAAUAACAAUUUUAUUGGUGUUGCUCAAUCAAUUAAAGAUUUAGACACAAUGAUACAGCCUUAUAUGCAUCAAAAGGAUGUUGUGUCAGAUAUUUUACAAGAGAUUGAAAGAAUGAACAAGAUGGAUAACCCUCCCGAAAUGACUGAUGAAGAAAUUCGAAAAGAAUCCCUUAUUCGUAAUGUAGAAUCAUCAUCACCGAAAGAGAAGGAAAAGAUGUUAGAAGAGAUCAAUGACAAUUUGGAAGCUAGCUUAAUUGAUUAUGAUGUUGAAGAUCUCCUUGUGGCAAGCUAUACUCCAAAAAAAAAGAAAUCUGCUGUUAUUCGACCAGAGUUCAAUGAGGAAAUUGAUUCAAAUUUAGAUUUAACAAUUGUUGAUGAUUUGGAUGAAGAUAUUUCCAAGGUUGUCACUGUAAUGAAGCUUCAUAAGCAUAUCAAUACUAGACAAUUUGAAGCUUAUUCAGGAAUUGUCUAUGUGUCGUUUUGGAAAGAACAAAUCAAAGGCAAAACAGCGUGGUCAAAGAUUCAACCGAAACCAUUCCCUAUUGAAAAGAUAACCUACCUUAGAUUUUUGAUAUUCAGUCGAGCUAGUGGUUUUUCGCAUAAGACAAUGAAAGGGUGCUUUGUGUAUGGAUUGAACAAAUUCAUAAAAAGACAUCCUAAAUUCGGUGAAAGUCCAGUCAUUCUAUUUAAGGAAGCUAUUCAACAAACAACAAUGGGCUUGAUUCGAUUAUAUGGGUGUGAAGUGUACAAAGUUGCUCCAAUGAUGUUUUCUGAGGUCUACAAAGUUACCUAUGCUGCUGAUUUGACAAAAGUUGAAGAUCUUACUGAUGUUGCCAUCAUGCAUGUUAUUCGAGCUACUGGAAUGAGAGGAGAUUCUCUUAUUUGGAUAAGACUUGAAGAUGUAAAAUUUCAAAAAGUUGAAUAUUAUCUUAAUGAUGAUAAAUGGUUCGUUAUUCACACUUCUAUGGAAGUGAAGAAAGACAAGCGUACAACCACUUCAUCAAGGAAUGUGUCAAUAUUUGGAAAGCAGAAUCAUACUCUCUGUUCAUCAUUCAUUUUAUUAUAUUAUUUGUGGUACACUCGUUCUGAGAUAUUUGCCAACUUUAAUUCUAAUUGGGAAAAAUUCAUUUCAGAUGGUAAAUUCACAUUUAAGAAUGAUGUAGUGAAAGAAUUUUUAUUUUUCAAAAAACAAUCUAAAUCUCAAUGUUGUUCAAAUGGAAUAUCAGAAUAUAUUAGAAAUAUCACCAAGAGAAUUUUAAAUGUCAUGUAUUGUGCACGUGCUGGUAGAUCUGGUAUUGUGGUAGAAAACAUGUUGGUUGAUAUUAUUCGAAACCAUAUUGUGCAAGAGCAAACAAAGAGUGCAAUUUCAUUCAUGCUAGGACAUGUCAGUAAGCGCUCAAUUAAAUCAUAUGAAAGAUAUGCUUUCAAAAUAUUCAACCAACUACCAGAGAGGUACCUUGCAGAUACUGUACAUCAUCGGCAGAUGAUAUUUCAAUAUGUUCAAGGAUCUAUUCAAGAUUAUGGAUUUUCAUCAUCUGAUACAUUGGAAACUACUUUUCAUAAUAUUUUGAAUGUUGAAUUGUCACCAUCUUCAUAUAUAACAUCUAGAAAAUCCAAUCCUAAUGGUUGCGUACCUUUCAAAUAUCUAUUUAUGAGAGAUGAAUGUAUUGAUGAGAGCGUUGGAUUUAUGAAUAUUCCUCAAACAAACAAGAAUAUAAUUUCUCAAAGAAAAUCACUUCCACAAACAAGAGUUGAUUUCAAAUGCAAGACUUGGCUAAUUGACAACAUACCGAAACUGAAGUUUCUUUUUGGAAAGACGGUUGCAUUAACAGAAACUACUAAUUUCAUGGGAUCUAUCUAUAGAUCUCUUAUGGCAUUUUCAGAUCUUGAAAUUGUUACAGAGGAAGAUAAAAAACAAUUCAACAAAAAUUAUUGGAAGGUAAAAAGUCGGGUUAUUACAAAAUUCAAGAUAUUACUAAAUAGUUAUUGGAAUAGUUCAGAAAGGGAUGUGUUUUUUGAAGAUUUGGUUUCACAUGUGAAUCGUUAUUUGAAAGAUCAUCAUUGGUUUGAUGGUGUAACCAUCCCAUUAAAUCCUGAAGAUUUGCAAAAGUUCUUCUCUGAAUUUAAAAUGACACCAGAAGAAUAUAAGAAAUGUUCCUCUUUUAGAUCCAAGAAGGAAAAGAAAGGAGGUACCAAAAGGAGAUGGGCAGAUAUGUCAGAUGAUUCUUCAGCUGAUUCUUCAGAUUUACAAGAUACUCAAACAGAUGAUAUAUUUGUAGUUGAUGAGAUUUUAGACCAUCAAUUAAUCGAAAAAGAUAUAGAUAUUGAUUCUGAUCUUUUAUUACCAAAAUAUUUCAAUUACCUUGUAAAAUGGCAAGGUUAUGGUUACAAACAAUCAACAUGGGAACCUUUCGAUAACUUUGUUGAUGAAAGUAUGGUUUUACGUUACUUUAAUGAUUAUAUAUACCCUUUAGAUGACUAUAUUGAUGAUUAA